UGUAAGGUAAAAGUAUGGAUGUGGUUUUACAUGUUUUGAUGGGAAAACCUACAACCUACAAUUCUGUUCUAAAAAAAUAGCACCCGUUUUAGAAGUAUCAAUCAUUAUUUCUAGGAAAACUAGGCAAAUUUACUCGUUUAAUAUUAGCCAUUGUUAUUUUAGAAAAGUCCUUUUUUCCCUCAAAUAGCUAUCAUUCUUUCUCUCACUCCACCCUAUAUAAAACUUAUUUUUACAUGAUAAACAUAACAACAAAAACAACAAAAAAAAUAACAAUAAAAGGUUGAGGAAAAGAAUAAAGAAGAAAUGGCAAUGAAACUUAAUAUUGCUUUGGCUUGUUUUCUUAUUGUUAACAUAGCUUUCACAAUAAAUGCACAAACUGUAAUUCCUGCAAACGCAGCUGAAGUUGAACGUUGGUUUCAAUCUGUUGUGAAACCAAUCAGUGCUGCAAAAGGAACAUUAGAACCUAGUGUAAUAGCAGCAGAAGACGGCGGGGUAGAGACUCUUGAUGUGAGGCAAGAUGGAAAAGGAAAAUUUAAGACCAUAUCUGAUGCUGUGAAGCAUGUUAAAGUAGGAAAUAAGAAACGUGUAAUUAUUAAAAUUGGUCCAGGAGAAUACAGGGAAAAGAUUAAGAUUGAAAGAUUUCAAUCAUAUAUUACUUUCUAUGGUACUGAUCCUAAAAAUAGACCGACUAUAACUUUCGCUGGUACGGCUGCUCAAUAUGGAACAGUUGAUAGUGCAACAUUGAUAGUAGAGUCUGAUUACUUUGUUGCUGCAAAUAUAAUUAUUUCGAAUUCUGCUCCAAGGCCUGAUGGAAAGAAGAAGGGAGCACAAGCUGCUGCAAUAAGAAUUUCUGGCGAUAGAUCUGCAUUUUAUAAUUGUAAAUUCGUUGGAUUUCAAGAUACUGUUUGUGAUGACAAGGGAAAACAUUUCUUCAAAGAUUGUUAUAUUGAAGGGACUGUUGAUUUUAUUUUUGGUGAAGCUAGAUCUCUAUAUUUGAAUACCGAACUCCAUGUUAUUCCGGGUGAUAGGGAGGCUAUGAUAGUUGCUCAUGCAAGGAAGAAUCAAGAUGGAGAAGGUGGAUACUCGUUUGUCCACUGUAAAGUGACAGGAACGGGUGGUCAUGCAGUCUUAGGUAGAGCAUGGUUUGAUGCAGCUCGAAGCGUUUUUGCUUAUUCUACCAUCAGUGAUGUCAUUAAACCUGAGGGUUGGUCUGACAACAGAAAUCAAAAAUGCCAAAAGACUGUAUUUUUUGGAGAGUACGCAAACACAGGUCCUGGUGCUGACUUAAAGAGAAGGGUGCCAUAUUCCAAGAAGUUGACCGCUGCGGAGGCAAAACAAUUUAUUAGCUUGGAAUACAUUGAUGCUGCCAAAUGGCUUCUUCCACCUCCCAGGGUGUAAAAUCUGUUAGCUUGGUAGUAAAAAGUAAAAAAAAUGGUUUUCUUAAGAUUCUUAAGAUUUCCAUAAAGUAUGUAUGUUCAACAAUCACGUUGAAUUUUCAAUAAAGAAAUGUAAAAGCUUUGUAUCAAAAAAAAAGAUAGUGUGUAGUUUAUUUCGUUUGCCCCUUUGACAUAGUGUGGCAAGAUAGUACCCAUUUGUAUUGUUAAUUUUAUUUUAUAAAAAUAAGCCUGGAAUAAACAAGGUAACUUUAUGAGUU